AGCAACAGCAGCAGCAGCAACAGCAACAGCAGUAACAGCAACAACAACAACACGCACACCACGUUGCACGACGCUCAAUUUAGUUGUUCUUCUUCUUCGCCUUCUUCUUCUGUUUUUUUUUUUUUUUUUUGAGUUUCGCGGAGAGCGUCGUUGUCGACUCGAAUACACUCGAGUUCAUUUCUUCAGAUCAGUUCAGCACGGAGCAGCGGCGAGUUUGAGCCUGCACGAAACAGUUACGGCUCAUUACGGCCCGCCAGAUGUGCACACAUAUAUGCCCUGGGUGCAUUCUCAAGCGUUAUGUUGGACAAGUGACGUGUGGCAGCAGCAAUAAAACAAUAAAUAACAAUAAUCAGCAUAAUUAUUAAAUAACACACAACAAAUAUAACAGGAACAACAACAACAACGACAACAACAACAAGAACUUUAAACCAAUCAAUCCAAUCCAGUCGGGCAGCAAAACCCAACCGAAACAAAAACAUCAACAAAUUGUAUUAUUUAUUUUAUUUUUUUUUUUUAAACAUAUCGUGUCGUCAAUUGAACGACUAAAGUGCAAAAAUGUUUGAUGUAUUCGGCUCCGUUAAGGGGCUGCUAAAGAUCGAUCAGGUGUGCAUCGAUAACAAUGUGUUUCGCAUGCAUUACAAGGCGACUGUGAUCAUAUUGAUCGCAUUCUCGCUGCUGGUCACCUCACGCCAAUAUAUUGGUGAUCCGAUCGAUUGCAUUGUCGAUGAGAUACCGCUCGGUGUGAUGGACACCUAUUGCUGGAUCUAUUCAACGUUUACGGUGCCCGAGCGUCUGACCGGCGUCACUGGACGUGAUGUUGUCCAACCUGGCGUUGGCUCCCAUGUGGAUGGCGAGGAUAAGGUCAAGUACCACAAGUAUUAUCAGUGGGUCUGCUUUGUCCUAUUCUUCCAGGCCAUAUUGUUCUAUGUGCCGCGUUAUCUGUGGAAAUCGUGGGAGGGCGGCCGACUCAAGAUGCUGGUCAUGGAUCUCAACAGUCCCAUUGUGAACGAUGAGUGUAAAAACGAUCGCAAAAAGAUACUCGUCGAAUAUUUUAUGGGCAAUCUGAAUCGUCACAAUUUCUACGCAUUCCGUUUCUUCGUCUGUGAGGCACUCAAUUUUGUCAAUGUCAUCGGACAGAUCUAUUUUGUGGAUUUCUUUUUGGAUGGCGAGUUCAGCACCUAUGGCAGCGAUGUGAUCAAAUUUACCGAAAUGGAGCCCGACGAUCGUAUCGAUCCCAUGGCAAAGGUCUUUCCAAAAGUCACCAAAUGUACAUUCCACAAAUAUGGUCCAUCUGGCGGCGUGCAAAAGUUCGACGGCCUCUGUGUGCUACCCCUAAAUAUUGUCAACGAGAAGAUCUAUGUGUUCUUGUGGUUCUGGCUCAUCUUCCUGAGCAUAUUGUCGGGCAUAUCGCUUGUCUACCGCGUCGCUGUCGUUGUCGGCCCCAAACUGCGUCACCUGCUGCUCCGUGCCCGAUCACGUCUGGCCGAAAGCGAUGAGGUCGAAACGGUGGCAAAUCGAUGCAACAUCGGCGAUUGGUUCCUGCUCUAUCAGCUAAGCAAGAAUAUCGAUCCACUGAUCUACAAGGAGGUGAUAUCGGAUUUGUCGCGCGAAAUGGGUGGCGAUAGUCAGAGUUCUCAGAAGCAGCACUUCGACGCCUAAGCGACGACUAAAACGAAGAAGAGAAGUCGAUGUCGGAGACGGAGUCGGAGUCGGAGUCGCAGGACCUGGGCCAUCCCCUUGUGCUAGGCCGGGCAGCGUGCCAGCGGCCUUUCACGCAGCCAAAACUUUGAAGAAAAUGAUGAAAAAUGACACGAAUUGAAGCGGGCGUUUGCCUUCUGAGCUAAUGAACACAUAUCAAUGAAUUCCACGGUAACCGUUAAAGUUUAACGUGUUUUGAGCGAUUUGCAAAACGCGUGAAAACGAUUGCAAGAGAUAGCAAUGCAACAGUACUAGAACCACCACCACCACCCCCACUCACACCCACACCCACACGCACAUCCACACCCACAAUCUCUUCACAUAAGACAAACCCAUCACUUCCCCAGUUCCCAAACAUCCCCUGGAUUAGGCAGCUGUUUAGAAGCCAACGACAAUCAUUAAUUGUUAGUUUAUAAUUUCACAUAGGCUGCUAAUAAAGUAACGGUUAAACUAAAGGAAGCGUAACAGGAAAUACAAAUUAACAAUAAAAGACAAAAGACAAAAGACAAAAGUAAAGCAUAA